GGCGACCCCAGCCCGCUCGGCAUGGCCGCGAGAGAGGAGCUGUACAGCAAAGUGACCCCCCGCAGGAACCGCCAGCAGCGCCCCGGCACCAUCAAGCAUGGGUCGGCGCUGGACGUGUUGCUCUCCAUGGGGUUUCCCCGAGCCCGCGCACAAAAAGCCCUGGCAUCCACAGGAGGAAGAAGCGUGCAGGCAGCAUGUGACUGGUUGUUCUCCCACGUUGGUGACCCCUUCCUCGAUGACCCCCUGCCUCGGGAGUAUGUCCUUUACCUCCGUCCCACUGGUCCCUUAGCACAGAAGCUUUCUGACUUCUGGCAGCAGUCAAAGCAGAUCUGCGGGAAGAACAAGGCCCACAACAUCUUCCCCCACAUCACCCUCUGCCAGUUCUUCAUGUGUGAGGACAGCAAGGUGGAUGCCUUGGGGGAAGCCCUGCAGACCACCGUCAGCCGCUGGAAGUGCAAAUUCUCAGCCCCGCUGCCCCUGGAACUCUACACCUCCUCCAACUUCAUUGGCCUAUUCGUGAAGGAAGACAGUGCAGAGGUCCUCAAGAAGUUUGCUGCCGACUUCGCUGCCGAGGCUGCAUCCAAGACCGAAGUACAUGUGGAGCCUCAUAAGAAGCAGCUGCAUGUGACCCUCGCAUACCACUUCCAAGCUAGCCACCUGCCCACCCUAGAGAAGCUCGCCCAGAACAUUGACGUCAAGCUAGGGUGCGACUGGGUGGCCACCAUAUUCUCUCGGGAUAUCCGGUUUGCUAACCAUGAGACAUUGCAGGUGAUCUACCCUUACACCCCUCAGAACGAUGAUGAGUUGGAGCUGGUCCCUGGGGACUUUAUCUUCAUGUCUCCGAUGGAACAGACCAGCACCAGUGAGGGCUGGAUCUACGGCACCUCACUGACCACCGGCUGCUCAGGGCUGCUGCCCGAGAACUACAUCAGCAAGGCCGAUGAGUGCAGCACUUGGAUCUUCCACGGUUCUUAUUCCAUCUUAAAUACAGCAUCAUGCAGCUCACUCAUGUUUGGUGAUGGAGUACUAGAGAGGCGGCAGUAUGAGGACCAAGGACUGGGGGAGACGACACCUCUUACUAUCAUCUGUCAGCCCAUGCAGCCCCUGAGAGUCAACAGCCAGCCUGGACCCCAGAAGCGAUGCCUGUUUGUGUGCAGGCAUGGGGAGAGGAUGGAUGUUGUAUUUGGGAAAUACUGGCUAUCGCAGUGCUUUGAUGCCAAAGGCCGUUACAUACGCACCAACCUGAACAUGCCUCAUAGCUUACCUCAGCGGAGCGGCGGUUUUCGGGAUUAUGAAAAAGAUGCUCCAAUCACUGUGUUUGGCUGUAUGCAAGCAAGAUUAGUAGGUGAAGCCUUGUUAGAAAGCAACACCAUCAUUGAUCAUGUCUAUUGCUCUCCAUCCCUACGCUGUGUCCAAACUGCACACAAUAUCUUGAAAGGUUUACAACAAGACAAUCACUUGAAGAUUCGCGUUGAGCCUGGCUUAUUUGAGUGGACGAAGUGGGUGGCUGGGAGCACGUUGCCUGCAUGGAUACCUCCAUCAGAAUUAGCUGCAGCCAACCUGAGUGUUGAUACAACCUACAGACCUCACAUUCCAGUCAGCAAAUUAGUGGUUUCAGAGUCCUAUGAAACAUAUAUAAGUAGAAGUUUCCAAGUAACAAAAGAGAUAAUAAGUGAAUGUAAAAGUAAAGGAAAUAACAUUCUGAUUGUGGCCCACGCAUCUUCCCUCGAAGCAUGUACCUGCCAACUUCAAGGCCUGUCCCCUCAGAAUUCAAAGGACUUUGUACAAAUGGUCCGAAAGAUCCCAUACCUAGGAUUUUGUUCCUGUGAAGAAUUAGGAGAAACUGGAAUAUGGCAGCUGACAGACCCACCCAUCCUUCCCCUUACCCAUGGACCUACUGGGGGCUUCAACUGGAGGGAGACCUUGCUGCAAGAGUAAACCCCCUGAGCAAUGAGAAGAACAAGCCUUUGGACAUGCAUCUCUGGGGUGUUUGGUACCAUGGGAAAGCUUACACCACCUUCUAAGUGAACAGCUCAGUCAUUUAGCAUAUUUCUUUUCACACUUAAAGGUCUUACUAUGAUAUUGUAUAAAUUAUCAAAAGACAUGAUUUGGGAAAAAAUAUCCAUUCUCUCUGGACUCUUGCCUAGCUCACAAGGCUUUGGAGAACUGUCUUCCUAUAUGGGACACCUGCUGUAGCAGAGGCUGUCCCCCUCCUGGCUCUGCAUGGCUAAGAGGCCUCACUCCUCUCAAGGGAAGCUGUCCCUUACUCUCAAGAGGGAUGUGAGGAGGAGGACUGUGUCCAAAAUCCAGCUGGGAAUGGGAUAUUCUUUUUUACUUCACUUGGAGUUAGGCAAACCAUGCUGAGGGAGGCUCUGAUGGUUAUUUGAAGUCAUGCCUUGCAUGCAGCAGAUUGUGCGCUCAGCAUCCUGUGCCGGUGUUGCUAGCUCCAGACCCGGCUUGCGGACACCAGCCUUUACCCUGGAACUGUCACAGUGUCGCCAGAGCAACUGGCCCUUCUUGCUUCUCUCUGCGAAAUGGGGAGAAAAGCACUUUUGCUCUCCAAAGCAUUUUUAGUUAUUAUGAAGUUAGGAUAAAGGUGUGACUGUGGAAUGGGAGGUGCAGGGAAUAUGCAAGCUAAAAAAGUGAACUGGAAUCAUACAUGUUGUAGCCCAGCAAGCCACAAAAUCACCAAACACUUCUAAAACAUCCCAAGAUUUGCUUGUCUUUUCCCCUCAACUCUAGACUGGGGUAAGUAGUUCGGGAUGCUGACAUGUUGAAAGGACAUGUGUUCAAUACAGUAUUUGAAUCAGUAAGAAGUUAAUUCUGUGCAAUACAGACAGUUUUAUAGACUAUACCAAGGUCAUGUCGUGGUACAAAUGUAGUGAAUACCCACCAUAACAGAAUGUGUACAAAUGCACCAGGUAUACCAGGGAUGCUUAAUGAAGUCAGGAAUCUAACUUUCACGAUGACAGUCAGGACUGCACUGUGACUUUUGCUGCCCUCUUUUUCAUUUGCUUUUCUAUGAUAAUUUAAACUAGACAAGAGAUAGGGCUACUUGAGGAAGUUGGAGAGUCACAUCUGUAGAUUCUUAUUACACCAGCUUCCUGUGUUUAGAGGGAGAUUAUUUAAAAGAAUGACAAUCAAACCAAAACAUCACUGAUCAGUGUCUGUUUAAUCAUGUGAAUAGCUGACAGUUAGGGCCACAGAGAGUGGUCUGGUAUAAUGUAGUUCACUUUGUAGAAUGUGUGUGCAAAGUGAAAUCCCAGACACUUAAAGGGAACAUGAAUGUAAAACAUAUCUAAAUAUGUUGUAGCAACAUUAACUUUUAAACCCCAGGCAUAUAAAACAUGUGGUAUAGAAAAUAGAUCUGUGCUUAAAUUUAAAAUUAAAAUUUCCUGGAAAGAAGAGAACGGGGAUGGUUGUUGGCUAUGUAUGUUAAUCAAUAAAAAAAAAGUUAUGUUUGUAGAUUUUUAAAGAAGCUUAGAGAAACAUGUCAUGGAUUCCAUAUUCUAAAGAACAAGCUGUGAUUUCUUCUAGCACUAUAAAAACAUCGUUCCCUCUUUGGGGUCCAAGCAUUAUGUUCACAUGUUUAUAUGCCUUAAUAACCUUAAAAUAGUUGGAAAGAAAAUACUUCCAUUAAGUCUUAAAAGAAAAAUCACAAUUCAGCCAACAUCAUGUCCUUGCCAUUCAUCCUGUUAGUAUUUGCAAUGAAGUAAGUCUCUCAAAUCUAUAAUGUUGAUUAAGUUCACUGGAAAUUUCAAGGGGCUUUAGUGUUCAGAAUAAUUCUUGCGCACUCCUCAUCAUAUGGAGAGUGUGAGACGCAGUCUCUUCUCCAUCUCAAAGUUGUCUUAGUCCCACGGUGCCCCGGUAAAUAAAUCAGUGUAACUGGGCUACAUCCCCUUGUCCUUACUCCAACAUAAACAGAGCCCUAGCCACUUGUCUUCAUGAGCCAAAGAAGACAGAUCUAAAGUGUUUCUGAAUAAUUUAGGGGGAAAGCCCUUAGUACAGAAAGAGUUUAUUUCUCUGCUUUAAUUAUCCAAAUUUGUUUAUCAAAAUGCUGAGUUAUCCAAAUUCACAUUAAAAUCUCAUUACACAUUUACCUACUUGAAAAUUAAGCAUGCACUCCAGCUGAGAAUUUUUUUGGAAAAUACGUUAAAUCUAAAUGUAAUAAAAGUGACAAUUGUAUUGUCAUAUUUCCUAUUCAUUAAAAAAAUAUAUAUGUGUUAACAUUGGAACCUGAGGUUGAGGCUCUUUGACCUGAGACUGAUACUUGGAAGGAAGGAAGGAAGGAAGAAGGGAAUCAAAUGGGGUUUUUUUAUGGGUUUUUUUUAUACAGAGGAGUGUGUGUGUGUGUGUGUGUGUGUGUGUGUGUGUGUGUGUGUAGAAAGCUACCUGAAAUAAACCAGGGGGAAAGAAAAUUAGCUCAAGGAUUUAAUCUGGGAUUUCAAGUCUGCAACCGUUUCCCGCUUCUACAAGUGUGCCGCUUCAGUCAGCUUAUUCCCCAGCAUUAUUCACAGCUAGGACUUUGGCUCUGAUAUUAAAAUGCCACAUCUAUUCUGCGCGUGGACUAGAAUAAUGGGUGCAUUUUAAUGUCUAAGCUGGGGCUCCUCCUCCCAGGCUUUCGCCCCCACUGCUCAAGUACGAGGCCCACUGCUCUCCCCACAGACCCAGUUCAGGUGACCUUGUUUCUCCCUUUGCAUUCAGAUGCAUCAAAAUCUGGAUGGCUGAUUCAACGGCCAUCUGAUGGCCAAAAGAAGCAGGUAUGUUCCACCCUGUACUGAAAGGCUUGGAGGACUUUCUACUUUUUAUUUGAAUUAUACGUUAACCAAAGAAUUAUUUUAAAGUAACCUUAUAUUUGAAAGAUGAUUUUGCAAAAAAAUUUCAAAAAAUUAAAAAAAUUAAAAAUCUACCUUCUGGAGUGAUAUGGGUUUGGUAAAUCAUUGUUGAUCACGUUCUUGUCCAUGGUGUUUGGGGUGCACUCAGAUCAUCUUCCCGUUGUGUGAGGCAUCACCAUGGAUGUAUCUUUUCCACUCAACUAGCUGUAUUCAUAUGAAAAUGAAGUCUCAUUGCAAUAACCUAGUACCAUUGGGAACUCAGUAGACAGCUACAGGAAGAAAGUUGCUAUCUCCUUGUUGCCUUUGUAGACAGGCUUCCCUGUGUGCUGAAAGGAAGGCAUUCCUCUGCAAACUAGACACCAGGGUUUCAAAGCAGGGAUGAAUUGCUCUUUUGAAUUUACUCUCCAUAUAUUCAUGUGUUAGCAUACAGAUGAGCCUCCCAUGAAUUUUCACAGGCACCAGCAUAGUCAGCUAGACCUAAUCUGUAUGAAGUUAGGUAAUGAGGCUCUGGAAGAUUUGCAUUUUAAUUGUAAUCCAGCACAACGUAUGAAAGAAAGAAGAGGCAACAAGGUCUGAGGAGGCUGUGUUGCUGGAGGGGUGAGGCUGAGGAGACUAGCCAGGAAGGCUGGAAGAGAACAACUCAGCAUCUACUUAAGUGACCGCUCACUUGAUGAAGGGGAGGGGCGUGUCUUGUUAGAUGAAGACAGAUGCUUUUCAUUUUUACACAUAGGAUUAAAGUUGAAUUUACUUCUCUUAACACUUCAACAUUGAAUUUUCUUAGGAAAUUGACUAGUUACCAUGACAAUUCAUGGGAAGGGGGUAAAAGAUUGCCUCUAAAUGCAGAGGAAAUAACUUGACUUUUAAAUACAUAUAAUACAAGGUUUGGUGUGCGUGUGUAGGCUUACAAUGAUAGUGAUGAGUAGUCAAGCUUAAUACAGCCAGUUCUUACCCACCAUGACUUAGUUGUCACUGCACAGACAACUUGCAGCUGCUCCCGUGUUCAUGGCUUGUGUGGGAUGCACGUGUCUCAUGAAAUGUGUGCUGGUCCCUCCUUUGCUUUGCCACGGUGAUGGGAAAAGCAUCCCAAAGUUCUUUGGUUAUGCAUAGACCAUUUUGAACAUGCUACUUUGGGGAGGUAUAUUGCUUUCUUUCUCAUAUAUGAGACUAUUGUGUCUUUUUUUUCUAUGUGAUUCAGGUGUAUUUAUUUGAGAAAUGUUUGUAAUUAUGAAAAAAAAUGAAUGGUAACCCCACCUAACUGUAUUUCCAAACUCCUUGUACACUCCCCGUGGCAUUUUGCGCUUUCCUGGCUGAGAGCUGCUCUUCCUGACACCACUAUGGCACCACUGUAAUUAGUGCCUUCCAUUCUAGGAGCUUCUUGGUUGAAAUGGUACACAGGUGACUUAAUAAAAAGAAACUGUGUCCUUGAUUGAUCCAGAGCAACUGCAUAAUGAA